GGAUCACAUCCAACAUUCAGCAUUUUGAACGUUAAGUUAGCUAAAGGACAAGGAACCUCAGCAGAAAAUGGUUGAACGUAUUGAGGAUUUGAACCUACCCAAUGCAGUGAUUGCGCGGCUAAUCAAGGAGGCCUUGCCUGAUGGGGCGAACGUGAGCAAGGAGGCGCGUGCGGCCAUUGCCAGAGCUGCGUCCGUUUUUACAAUCUUUGUGACAUCCUCAUCGACGGCACUGGCACACAAACAGAACCACAAGACCAUCACGGCAAAGGAUAUAAUGCAGACCCUAACGGAACUGGACUUUGAGAGUUUCGUGCCGUCGCUGUCGCAGGAUCUGGAAGUGUAUCGCAAAGUUGUGAAGGACAAAAAGGACAGCAAGGCCAGCAAGAAGGAUGCCAGUGGUGCUGCAGAUGUCUCUGCCAGUGGCAGUGGAGCAACCGAAGAGGCACUUUAAUCAAAUAUUAGCCCUAAGUCGAAUCAUGUUAAAGAAUAUGUUAUCUUAAGCUUAAACUUAGUACAUAUAUUAUUUUGUUGUAAGGAUCGAAAACUCCACACACAUAUUCGAUGGUAUCCAUUAUAAACUAAUCUACGUAAACAAAGAA